AUGCAGAACCUCUCAGAGGGUUUACUCAAAGCAGUAAGAAAAGUGACUGAGACUGCUGAACUGAAAUUGAAGCUUUGUACACAUACAAGAAUUCUAAAUGAGAUUGAGGUCUUGUGUAUGCAGUGGCAGGCUGAGAUGAAAGCUAAACAACAAUUAGCAUUCACUGUGAAUCAAGUAUUCACUAUGAAGAGCUUCGCUGAUGCAAUCAUCAUUAUUAAUAAAGAUAGAGAAAACCAGAUCUUAGAUCUGCAGCAGAAGAUUGAAUAUUUAUACAGACAGAUGACUAUAUCAAAUCUGAAGGUUUCAUCACAAUCAUUCAUAAUCUCUUCAAAAGUGUACACAUUAUCAGAGAUCACUGCACAGAAUGAGAAUCUGAGCAUGGAAUACAUCAAGUCAGAAGAUCUGCUGAAGCUAUUAAGCUUCAAUAGUGACUGA